AUGAUUUCCUUCCACUCGGGGCCACCCCGUGUCGCCCUUCCUCUCUCUCCACGUCUGUCAUGGCCGCAGUGGACCCCGUCAUCGCUACCCCGUCCGCCGCCUGCUGCCUCGAAGGCUACCCGCACACUGGCUCGCCCAAAGGCGAGUUCGUCCACGUCGCGGAGGUCAACACAUACGUCACGCGGCCUCCCAGCAAGGCGCAGGAGAACCGCGUUAUCUUCUACUUCCCCCGACGUGUGGGGCAUCGAUAUCUUCCAGAACGGCCAGUUGUUGUGCGACUACUUCGCGUCCAACGGGUUCUUGGUGCUUGCGAUGGACUACUUUCGCGGCGACCCGGUCACUUUGCACCGCAAAGAACGGGGGGACACGACUAUGGAGCCCUCGUUUGAUUUCGAGGCGUGGAAGGCGAAGCACCAGGCGUUCGCACAGGUCGCUGUUCCGAAAUGGAUUGCAGAGGUCAAGGCGAAAUACGGUAGUGCAGACACCAAAUACGCGUGUGUGGGCUACUGCUUCGGCGCGCCAUACGUUAUGGACGCGCUGAGCGAGGACACAGACUGGGUGUCUGUUGGCGCAUUUGGGCAUCCCGCAUUCUUGCAUGAAAGUCAUUUCACCAAGUGCUCCCGCCCGCUGCUCCUCUCCUGCGCAGAGACGGACCACACCUUCCCCGCCGAAUCGCGCCACCGCGCAGAGGCGCUUCUCACCGAGCGCUCCCACCAGGAGCAGGGCAAGAGCCUCCGAUUCCAAAUCCAGUUUUUCUCUGGGGUGAGCCACGGGUUCUGUCUGCGCGGAAACAUGGAGGAUGCUUGGGAACGCUAUACGAAAGAGGAGAGUGCGAACGCGAUAGUGCGUUGGUUCAAGUUGUUUAUGGACUGA